UCUGAGCUGAAAGCUGAGGAAAAAGCAGCAGCAGGCACUAAAGCUAGCUCCGUCUGUCUCCACCUCUUCUCCACCGGUCCCGGGAUACAAGAAGACAACCGCACUGGAAAAUAUGCUGUUCUGCCAUUCCCAGCCUGAGUCCUACCACCAGCACUCUGCUAGUUACAUUAGAGAGGCCUUGGCGCCUUUCUUGAAAAACGAAGAAGCGAGGCUUAUGGCUGAAAAUGGUGCCAGGAGGACCCCAUUCCAGUACAUUCUGAGUGCACCCACCUCGCCAGCUGUGAAACAGCAGGAGGAGAGUCUCACUUAUCUCAACCAAGGUCAGUCCUACGAAAUCCGUAUGCUUAACAGAAAACUAGUGGAGUAUACAGAUAUAAGCAGCAAAUGUGUAAAGAGCAUUGUGCGCGUGGUGUUUCACGACCGUCGACUGCAGUAUAUGGAGCACCAGCAGCUGGAGGGAUGGAGGUGGAACAGACCUGGAGACCGAAUCCUGGAUAUAGAUAUCCCGUUGUCAGUGGGGAUACUGGAGCCCCGUUCACACCCUCUGCACCUCAACACCAUUGAGUUCCUCUGGGAUCCCGUCAAGAGCGCUUCUGUUUUCAUCCAGGUCAACUGCAUCAGCACCGAGUUCACCCCGAGGAAGCAUGGUGGGGAGAAAGGAGUGCCCUUUCGUAUCCAGGUGGACACUUUCACUGCCAAUGAGCACGGGGAAUACAUGGAGCAUGUCCAUUCGUCCAGCUGCCAAGUCAAAGUCUUCAAGCCUAAAGGAGCCGAUCGUAAACUGAAGACAGACAGAGAAAAGAUUGAUAAGAAGACCGUCCAAGACAGAGAGAAGUAUCAGGCGUCCCAUGAGACCACCCUGCUAAAAGAGUGCUCCCCUUGGCCUGAUGCCCUGAAUCUCACCAUCCACAGCAGCAGCAGCACUCCGUCACCCGUUUACCACAGCUCGCCAACUUCCUGUGGGUUCACAGAGGGCAACUGUUCUCCAAACCAGCAGGAGGAUCUGCUCAUGCCUGGCUGCUCUGAUCACCUUCUGCCAUCGUCCUCGCCGCAGGACACUCAGCAGUGGCUGCAGCGUCACAGGUUCUCACCUUUCUCAAGGCUCUUCUCCAGCUUCUCAGGUGGUGAUCUGUUGAGGAUGAGCAGGGAGGAUCUGAUCCAGAUCUGUGGACCAGCAGACGGUAUUCGCCUCUUUAACACCAUGAAAGGAAGUUUACCACGCUCUGUACCUGGAGGAGCUGACACUGUUGGACCUGUCUGAGAAGAUCGCGCUGCUGUACAACAUCAGUCCGCAGCAAAUCACACACAUCUACAGACAGAAACCCAACGGGAUCCACGUCAUAGUCUCCGACGAGAUGGUGCAGAACUUCAGGGAGGAAACGAGCUUCAUCCUCAGCACUACAAGGGAUGAAAACACAGACGGCUACCAUGUUGUGUUGAAAUGAGCAGCAGGUGCUCAGGAGGUUGUACAGACUGUAUAUAAGAAUCCUUCUACACUACAAUAUGUGACAUUUGCUGAGAUGUACAGUAGAAUAAAAUGCCGUUAAGCUUUCAGUUUACUGCUGAUUCUGUUUAGUUUUAUUCGUAUUUGUGUUCAGUUACUGAUUGAUUGUAAUUGGUGGUACACUGUUGUGUAUUACUCCUUCAUGUGUGAGUAGAUUUUUGGCUUUAAAUGCAAGUUAAUGACUUUCAUGAUAAAAAGUAAAUGUCAAACAUCAUCAUGUAGAAAAACAGAAAAUACAAAUGAACAAAACUGUGUUAUGUUGUUUUAAUGCUCUCACAUAUGAAAUGCUGUGCUGUAGUCUACUGACUGUUUCCGGCUGCUUUUCUUGAUGAACUGUAACGUUAGAUUUGGUAAAAGUGAUGUAUUUAUGUACAUAGGCCUGCUGUGUGUUUAAACAGAGACACAUGUUGUAGUUUGGAGGAUGAGUUUGAGGCUCUAUGAUGAGUGUGUUUCACUCAAAAUAAAGUAUUUUGCACUGUUUUGCAUUGGUCCACAGGUUGUAUUAAUGGAAAUGUCUGUUAUAACAGUG